GUUUGUAUUACAGGAAAUGCAAGCUGUUGUCAAAAACAAAUGUCACUCAUGAUACUAGACUGUUCUGCGUAGAGUUACCACCAGGAACUCAUCUCCAAGUGCCAGUGGGACACCAUCUUUACCUCAAACAAACUAUUACAGGUACAGAGAUAGUCAAGCCUUACACACCAAUAUUAUCUUGCUUGGUAUCACCAUUCAAAAUCCUUUCUUCCAAUGAUAAGGCACAAAUAUUUUUUAUGAUUAAAAUUUAUCCUGGAGGACUUUUUACACCGGUGCUUGACAGUUUACAAAUAGGAGACUAUAUUUCUUUGAGUAAUUCUGAAGGUAUUUUUAGAAAACCACAACUGGAAGAUGUAGAAGAUUUGCUUUUAUUGGCAGCAGGCACCGGAUUCACACCAAUGGUUAAACUUCUCAAUUAUGCUUUGAGUAAUAGUGCUACCCUCAGGGCAGUAAAAAUGAUGUUCUUCAACAAAACAGAAGAUGAUAUACUUUGGAAAAGUCAGCUGGAGCAGUUAGCCCUUAAGGACAUGAGGUAAUUAAUAGUUU